AGGGGAACAUGGCGGCGGCGGAGCCCUCGGUGGCCGCGCUAGCUGGCGGCGGCGGUGUGGGCGCGGGGGCGCCGUCGGGCGGCGUGCCGGUGCUCUUCUGCUUCUCGGUGUUUGCGCGGCCCGCGUCGGUGCCCCACGGCGCGGGCUACGACGUGCUCAUCCAGAAGUUCCUGAGCCUGUACGGCGACCAGCUCGACAUGCACCGCAAAUUCGUGGUGCAGCUCUUCGCCGAGGAGUGGGGCCAGUACGUGGACCUGCCCAAGGGCUUCGCGGUGAGCGAGCGCUGCAAGCUGCGCCUGGUGCCGCUGCAGAUCCAGCUUACGACCCUGGGAAAUCUCACACCUCAGAGCACUGUGUUUUUCUGCUGUGACAUGCAGGAAAGAUUCCGUCCAGCCAUCAAGUACUUUGGAGACAUCAUUAGUGUGGGACAGAGACUGUUGCAAGGAGCUCGGAUAUUAGGGAUUCCAGUUAUCAUAACAGAGCAAUACCCCAAAGGACUUGGCAGCACCGUUCAAGAAAUUGACUUAACGGGUGUAAAACUGGUUCUUCCAAAGACCAAGUUUUCUAUGGUGUUACCUGAAGUCGAAGCAGCAUUAGCUGAAAUUCCUGGCGUCCGAAGUGUUGUGUUGUUUGGAGUAGAAACGCACGUAUGUAUCCAGCAGACUGCCCUGGAGCUGGUUGGCCGAGGCAUCGAGGUUCACAUUGUUGCUGAUGCCACCUCCUCGAGAAGCAUGAUGGACAGGAUGUUUGCUCUUGAGCGUCUUGCUCGGACUGGGAUCAUCGUGACCACUAGUGAGGCUGUCCUCCUACAGCUGGUGGCUGACAAAGACCACCCAAAGUUCAAGGAAAUUCAGAACCUAAUUAAGGCGAGUGCCCCGGAGUCUGGUUUGCUUUCCAAAGUAUAGGAGACAUGAAGGAUCAGGAUCCUCCUUCCCUCCAGGCGACGGGACUGCAAGCCAGACCAGCCCUUGUCUCUACUAGAAUAUGUUAAGUCAACAGCAGCUCCUACUUUGCAGCUCUUAGUAACAUUUAACUGGCUAGACCAUGGGUACAAGUGUUUAGUUAUGAUGUCGAGGCUUCAGGUGCUGCUUAUCUUCCGUGUUUCCUAACGAGCUUUUAGUUAUUAAGACAAAUUACCAUGGAGGUGCCUGUCUUGUCUACACUGUAUACUCUGACCAUAUCUUUCCAAAGUGCAUCCUCUGGUGAAGUUUUCUUAAAUUGUGUACUUUAAUGGGAAAAAAAAACCUCACCUACCACAAUGGUUUGAUUUUUCUAUUGUUGUGGAAUAUCCGUUGUAAUGUCAGUCAGUGUAGACCCAAUGAUUCCUGGGUGAGAAUUAAUAAGCAGGACUCUGGAUUGUGUACCUGCUCCUCUCAGUGUUGGAAUUGCUGAGUGAGGUGCAUUGACUUAACCAGAGAAAAUUAUCUUAACUAUUGUGUAUCUGUCUUAAUUGCACUAAUUUUCUUAUUCCUGUUACCAUCUUUGUGGAUUUUCUUCCUCUGGCUAACAGUCUAUAUUAACAUUUUUCUUCCACCGAAUCUUUUACUUCCUCCUAGGUUAUAUCAAACUUGUAAACAGAUGGGGGUGGUUUGCAGUGCUGGGUCAUUGACAGAGGUAUGCCCUAACAUAACACCUUUACGGUAUUUUUGAGCGCAUCUUUUACUGUACACAGGAGUUGGUGGAGAAAGAAAAACUAGGUAAAAUAUAGUUUAAAAUGCCCAUAUUCCCCUUCAAACAUUGUUACAGCUGAUAUCAUCAACAGGACUCAUAGGGGUACUACUGUGGACAUUGUUAACCUGUCAAUAAACUUACUUUCAUUUCAUACUGAUUAGUGCUUAAAAAACAUUUUAAUGUAUGUUGUGAUAUGUGAAACAUUACUCUCUUUGUAUAAAAUUAAAGAAAAUGUAUUGUGUGAGUGAAACUGUUUUGUUUCCCAUGACUCCAUGAAUAUUAGUCAACAAAUUGUAAUGACUUUUCAAAGGUAACAGAUUUGAUGUUUAUAAUCUUAGAACUCAUCGGAACUUUCAAAGGAGGAGACACCUCUGCAGGCCCAGACCCAUAAAGUUCCUGCAGGGUUUUCCUGUUAGCACUAUUAAAUGUGUCUUGUCAUUUGAGCCUUGGUAAGGCACCACAGCCUAGUGUUUUUUCUUGGUGUGCUCAGUUGUUCUCAACCUCUAGGCUGUGACCACAGGGGUCACAGAUCAGAUAGAUCACAUAUCAGAUAUUUGCAUUAAGAGUCAUGACAGUAGCAAUGUUAGAGUUAUGAAGUAGCAAUGAAAAUGAUUUUAUGGUUAGGGAGUCACCACAACUCGAGGAGCUGUAUUAAAGGGUUGCAGUGUUAGGAAGAUUGAGAGCUAUUGCUUAGCAGAUGAAUCCAGAAAGAAGCAUCAUAUAGUUAUCCGCGUUUUAAGAUAAUGUCUAAUAAAUAUAAUCUAGUUUUCCAAACUUUUAUUAUCUGAAGUGCUUGUUAAAAUACUGAUUCUAGCUUUUUCCUCUCCCUUCAUUGAAAACCAAAAGGCAUUACCACUGUCACAGCAAAGAUUUAAUGUAGGAUGGUUUCCCUUUCUUGUACCCAUGCCUCUUCCACAGCUGAAGGCAGCUCUGGGGCCCCGGACUAGUGUCCUGUGGCUGCCCUAACAAAACUCCAUAGACUCCACGUCUCAAGACAACAGACUGUUUCAUCUCAACUCUGUGGAGUUCUAGGACUUACUGUGCUGCUAUCAAAGCUUGUAUUGCAAGGCUGUGGUCCUUUCUGGGGCCUGAAUAAGGGAUGACUUACAUCCUGCAGUUCCGUGAUUCUAGAAUCUGUUCAUGUGGGCUUUUUUGAUAGGUUUGUUUUGGUUUGUUUGUUUUGUCCCAUUACUUCCAUCUUCUCAGGCAACAAGUGUGGGUCCUUAGGUCCCUUCUGACUCCCUUCUUCUGCCUGGCCUAAGAUCUCAUGUGAUUUAAGGUUCCUAAUUAGCAACCGUAUUCCACCUACAGCCUUAACACCCUUUGGCCAUGUAUCUCUGUUCCAGGAUCUAGGGAUUAAGACAUGGGUAUCUUCACACAGACAUCAGCUAGUGAGUGUGAAUUGAAUUAAAUUGUUAUCAGGUCCAGGAAUGUAAAAUACAUGGACGCUCAGAAGAAUCAUGAACUCUGCCUUCUCUUUUCUGUUUUGUGAAUCAUGCCAAGAAGAUGGCAAGGCUUUAUGAUUAAAAGAAAACUGAAUUGAUUGUAAUACUUUGAAAUGGAAGUGUCCAUGACUUUGUAGGAUAAUGAAAUUCCUUUCAUCGACAUAAAUAAAGAACUUCAGAAUGUAA